ACACGAAAGUGAAGAAACAGAGAACGAAGAGCAGACGAAGACGAGGAAAGAAAGAACAGAGAAGAGGUAAGAAGAACAAGGAAAUGAAGUCGCCACCGAAUGGGGGGAUCAAGUACGUCUAAGAUCUUGGUCAUGAAAACGGAAGAUAGCUGUGAAGCGACGGUACGACUGGUCUGCUUAUUUCGAAAACUGGCGAAGAAUGGGAAAGAGAGGGAAUACAAGCUGCUAAGCAAUGGCGGGAAGGUGCAGACAAACAAUUGGCGAAUAAUGAGGAGAUUGUUUGGUGAGACGAGAGUCUGUGUGGGAAAGAGGACAAGGCCACUGAGAAAAUGCAAGAAGAUACUCGAACAGGAAGGGUGGGUGAGAAUUCGAGAUGUGAAGGAGGCAUCACCAAUGGCGCUAGAACUGAAAAGAAAGCUAGUACAAAUGUUCAAGUUCAAGAAGAAAAAGGAGAAACUGAGGAAAUUGCUGAUCAGCGAUUUGAUCAGGUAUUACGGCGCAGCAAAAAUAUUUUCAACAAAGAGAAGCCGAUCCAGGGCUAAGAAGAUCGUGACGGACGUGGUAAGAGAGAAGUUCGGAAUGCAGAUCAGUCGGCGAGUGGUUACUAAAGUGAGGUAUGAUGAAUGGAUUAAGAAAGGGGAAGUGGCAAGGCUGGUGAAAAGAAAGAUUGGUGGGCUACCUCGAGAUAAUGUCGUGAAGGAGAUGGUGAAGCAACGAACUCGAGUAGUCUGGAUAAGAGGUCCAAACGUCGGGGAGAUUAUCCACAAUCAUCGCCGUUAUGCGGCGAGUGGGGUUGCGAGAUGCUGUUGCAUCGACUCGUUCCUUCCGAAAGAGAAGGGACACGUUCAUUUCCGACUAGGCACUUGGGAGGGAUGCCCUGAGAUUGCGAAGAACACGAAGAACGUUCCGAAGGAUUGGGUAGACGAAUGCGGAAAGAGAGUGGGGGAAGAGAUCAUGAGCUCGAUUCACGGAAUCGAUUGGCUGAAUGUGGAUGCAAGCUUCGUUAAAGUAACCGAGAUUGAGUUGAGUCGGUGUGUUGAUAAGUCAGGAAGUACGGAGGAAGGGAAUAUGGAGCAAGUUAUAAACUUGAAGAAGAAGCUAGACGGAUUCGUGUGCACUCCUCUGGACCGGAAUCCAGGAGAGAGUUUGGUCAUGUGUGCGGAGAGGUACGCUGCAGGCAUGAGAAGCACUUUGAUCGCUAAUGAGGGAUACGAGAGGAGGAAGGAAGAGGAGAAGGAGAUACUUGAACGAAUGGGAAAGGAGUAUCGGAAAAGAAAGUUCGGCGAAUAUGGAGUUUGGAAGAAGGGUGGAAGACUCGGACACGCAUAUGCGCUCCCCAAACACAAGGACACUACAAAAUCUCGCCCUAUCUGUCCAACAUUCAGUGAACCAGGAAAUGGACUCUGCAAAAAGGUUUCACAAGGGCUGAACGGGCUGCUGUUCAAUCUACCUGAGAGCAGACACUUCAAUCUGAAGUCGGUGCAUCUCAUGACCGACAAACUGCAAAGAAUGAACAAAAAGCUGGAGAGAGGGUGCGCGAACGUGGGAGUGAUAGCGGCUUCCUACGACAUCAAAGACAUGUUUAGUAGGUUGCCACAUGAGACCAUAUUGAAGGCUGUGGAUUGGUGUAUCUGGUGGUUUGAGACGAGAGGCUUCCAAGGGAUUUUUGUGAAAGUCAGGGGGAAGGGGGCAAAAUUGAGUAAGGGUACGAAGAUAGACGGGUAUAAGUUUCUGAGCUUUACCUUUGUUCGCGAGUAUGUGGAGUUUGAUUUGGGAAAUUGCUUUACGGUUGCGUCGGGUAUCAUCUUGAGACAGACAGUGGGGAUUCCGAUGGGGAAGUCCUCGAGUCCUCCCCUGACCUGCCUAAUGUGCGCGAAAUCAGAACGGGAUUUCUUGCUGACAUUGGGAAGCCAGAAAAAAUUGGUAGCAGGAAUAAGGUUUGUUGACGAUGCAUCAGUCUUUGUAGCAUUUAAUAGACGGAGUGAGGAGUCGAGACGAAGGCCAGAGGAGACUGUACAGGCGUAUGAGGCAUGUUAUGAUGCGAACCUGACACUGAAACGAACUGAUGCCGGAGAGAGAGAAUGGGAUUUUUUGGGAUGUCGUCUGAAGGUCGGGGAUGAAUUCCCCUUCCUUGGCUGCUAUCAAGUAAUGAAAAAUGAGAAAGAUUUGAUUGGUGGCGGUGACCUGACAUUCCAAACCUUCCAGGAUUUCGGUUCAUGGACAGGGAAGAAAGCGAAAGUAGCGGCCAUUACAAGCUGCUUACAUCGGAUUCGGCAAAACUCGACAUCGACCCCUGGAAUGAUUGGAACGGUCAUCCUGUUGCGAAUGGAGCUUCGAAGAAGGAGUUAUCCGGAUGGGCUGUUUCGGCAGGCAAUUCGGAUUUUCGCGAAGGACAAAGAGAGGGUGUGGAAGAUGAUAGCAGAACUGUUGUGCCCGCGAGAUGUAUGAAGAAGUGGAUUUGGUAAUGAGAAGACAUAGGAAGGGUGGAUCAGGAACAAGUAGGCCAAGUUGAGAACAAAAGUGCUGUAUUAGG